AUGAAGAAACUGCACAGUUGGGCAAAUGGUCCCUUGGCCCUCUACCUUUUGGCAUCAUUCAUCACUUUUUCCUGGGGUGUUCCUCAGGGUCACUUCCAAAGAAGAAACUGGACGCCUCAGGCCAUGCUGUAUUUGAAGGGUUCCCAAGGCCGUCGGUUUAUCUCAGAGGAGAGCCAGCAAAAGGCUUUGUAUGACCGGUUGAUGCAAGAACGCAGCAGUCAGAAUGUGAACCCUUUAACGCUUUCUGAAGAUGCACUGGCGUUUCUUUCCCUCCUGCAGAAGAUUCAAAACGAAGAAGAAGAAGAAAAGGCCCCAGAGAAACCCAGAUAUUUUGCUGAUGGUCUAUUAAAUUAUUGA